GCAUUUUUUUUUUCUUCUUUUGAUUGUGUCAGAAUUUAUAAAAAUGUCUUCAGAACAAGAACAAGUGCAAGUGCGAUUCACAACUCAACAAACAGAAUAUGCAGUCAGCGAUGCUGCUAUUUUGUUACCUUCCAACAUUAAAAAGGACGGUCUUUCCGAGAUUGUCAAUAGCUUGCUUGACAACGACAAGCCCAUUCCUUUUGAUUUCUUAAUCGAUGGUCAACUUUUAAGAAGUAGCAUUGUGGAAUAUUUAAAUGCCAAUAGACUUUCCACCGAAAACCUUGUCACCAUCGAAUAUGUUGAAUCCAUGCUCCCUCCUACCCCUCUUACAGCCUAUCAACACGACGAUUGGAUCAGUUCAGUAAAGGGACACAACGGAUUAUUCGCUACCGGUUCAUACGAUAACAUGGUUCGAUUAUGGAACUCAACCGGCGAAUGUGUUGGUACAUUUAUGGGCCACGCUGAUUCCGUCAAGAGCGUUGCCUUUGGUCGCGUCAAUGAUUCAACCGCACAAGUUUUCUCUGGUGGUCUUGAUCAUGCCCUUUUGGGUUGGGAAUACUCAAUUGAAGAUGGAUCUCAUCGUUUGAUGUAUGAAUGCAAAGGACAUAAGGGACCUAUCGAAUCCGUUGCCCUGGAUGCUCAAAAUAAAUACGUUGCAAGUGCUUCAGCAGAUGGCCUUGUCAAAGUAUGGACCACCACAGAACCCACUGAGGAUGAACCAGUCGAGACAGGAGAGACAAAUAAAAAGAGAAAAAAGACAGAAAAGACAGAUGGUAGAAAGCUCAAGACAAAGUGUAUUACAUUAGAGGGACACGUGGGUGCUGUGAAUGCUGUUACUUUCGACGAUGCCAGCAGUAACACUGUAUAUACAGGUGGUUGGGAUCAUUCUAUUAGAAGUUGGGAUGUUGAACAACAAGUUAAUUUAACAACAAAGAACUGUGAAAAGGUGGUGCUUGAUGUGGAUUAUUCCAACGCUUCCAAACUUUUGGCUACAGGUCAUUCCGAUAACACUAUCAGAUUAUGGGAUCCUCGAUCAGAGGAUGGCACCAACGUCAAGUUGAGUUUGCGUGGUCACUCUGCUUGGGUCUCCUCUGUUUGUUGGUCAAAAACUUCUGAAUUCGCUUUAUGUUCAGGUUCUUAUGAUUCUACAGUACGUGUUUGGGAUAUCCGUAGUAAAGAACCAUUGUAUACCGUCGAAGCUGAGGAUAAAACAAAGAAGGAUAAGGUCUUAUCUGUCUAUUGGGAUAAUGAUAAAAUUCUUAGUGGUGGUGAAGAGAAACAGCUUAAAAUUUACAGCGCAAAAGCUUAAAAUAAAAAAGAAGAAAGAAUUUUUUUUUUAUUAUCAUCA